CAUUUUUUAGCCUGCAACGACAUUUCUCUCAUCUCAACUCAAAAUUUCCUGCUGCAAUUAUUAGAGUUCAUUGAAAGCAUUUUAAAAAUGCCAUAGCAGUUAAACGCUCCGAAUGCCCUCAGACCCGUACCAUUUGGAAGUCCGCUAUAAACCUUCGGAACCAAAAGAAAUGACAUUCACCGACAGAAUGCUUUCGAGCGCCUAAAUGCAAGCAGCUUGGAAAACGUCAAAGCAAUCUGCUAAGGUUCAUCCUCCUAGCUUAGUCAAUUGUUUUGUAUUCAUAGGAUGUCAGUGUCAAUAAAUGCAUGAAAAUAAGCAAGAGUGGUUCGUUGUUUUGUCGAAACGAAGUGUCUACAAUUGAGUUCAGGUUCAACCGUGCUUAAAACUAUUCCAUUGCCUCAAGAGGCCAAAGUAAGCGAGUCGGAUUUGUUGUUUAUUUUUUGAAGACUAUGGACUUUUGGGAGUGCCUAAUUCGGGACAAAAGUACAAAAACACCGGAAAAUAGUUAGACUGCUUCGCCUUUAGCAGCUGUAAAGUGCACUACGAAGCUAUGAAUAACGGCACAGUAGAAAACACACCGACAUUCAUUUUCCAGAUCGUCCAGGAAAAGUUUCUUCCAGGGGAGACAGUGAAGGCGGUUCUACAUGCCUAUCAACGGAUUGGUGUAGAAACCUCGAAUCGAAUCUUGGCGUUGGUGGCGACACAAGACAGUUAUGCUGUUUUCUCGUUCGCUUUGGCCUGUGAUAAACCCCGCACUUUUUCUGAUUUGGUCGUCGACAACAUUUUUCCAAUAGAUAAGGGCUUCCGUAUGGAGUCAGAAGUUCGUAACACGAUUUCCGUCUUGGGGUUCAGCUUGUCAUCAUCCCAGAGCGCCCGAAAAUCAACUUUCUACCCCUCACACCCAGAUGAUGCGGACGAAUACACUUCUUUCAAGCUUUUAGUAGAUGACAUUUUUGACUACAAGGUGCGAACUGCGGAUACAUAUCCCCAGGCGAUUGUGCCACCACCUUUCGAUGAUGACGAAAGUGGCACCGGUGGCGGCACUACUACUGAUGAAAGUGGAUUUUUCGGGAGCGAAAAAGAAUUUAGCUGGCUGGCAAGAUACCGGCGAGAAGAUGAUUUACUUGCGAUUGACCGCUGUAUUGCGGAUGGUUCAAAGCCUUUGCUCAAGGGGGAAUCCAAGUUUCAGUAUGAGCUCAAGAAACAUGAACACGAAUAUAUAAUAAAUAAGACUUACAGGAUUUAUUGUGCCACUUGGAAUGUAAACGGACAACAAUGCAACGCGACAAACUUGAGGCCGUGGCUGGCUGCAUCUGAAGACCCACCGGAUAUCUACGCUAUCGCUUUUCAAGAACUUGAUCUUUCACCGAAAGCGAUUACGCUCAGCGAGUCUCGUCCUGACAGAUCUGUUAUCCACAAUAUUAUGAAGUCAUUGCACGAAGGCGCGCAAUAUGAAGAACUUUGCUCAGUUCGCCUAGUCGGGAUGAUGUUAACCAUUGUAGUAAAACGAAGCAUUCGUCCAAAUAUUACAAGAUGCGAAAAACAAUCGGUUGGAACGGGAGCAUUAAAUCUCAUGGGCAAUAAAGGCGGCGUUGGAGUAAGUUUAACAUUAAAUGAAGACAGUUUGUGUUUUGUUAAUUCACAUUUGGCUGCUCAUGUGAGUGAGGUGCAACGGCGGAACGAGGAUUUCAAUGAAAUUAAUAGAAGGCUAUUAUUUUCCACACAGGAUAUUUCUAAUCACGACCACAUAUUUUGGAUUGGUGAUUUAAACUAUCGACUAAAUAUGACAAGUGAUGAAAUCACUGAUUAUCGAGUCAUGCUAAAAUUUGACCAGUUAAAUAUUGAACGAGCGGCACAUCGGGUUUUUGAAAAUUAUUAUGAAGGUGAAAUAACCUUUCAGCCUACAUACAAAUAUGAUCCAGGGACAGACAACUGGGACAGUAGUGAGAAACAUCGUCAGCCAGCAUGGUGUGAUAGGAUUCUGUGGAGAGGUGAUAAAAUUAAACAAAUAGUCUACAGGAAUGUGAUGAAAAUACAACUUAGUGAUCAUAAACCAGUAUAUGCAACAUUUCUUGCUGAUAUUAAAACCAAGGACGAACAAAAGUACAAACGGGUUCACGAGAAAAUUCUCAAACGGGUUGACAAAUAUGAAAAUGAUAAUCAACCACAAAUUACAGUUGAAAAAACUGAUCUCGAUUUUGAAGAAAUCAAGUUCAAUGAAGAAUAUUUCCGUGAUUUUACCGUCGCCAAUAACUGUCACCUACCCGUCGAGUUCUCAUUUAAGGAGAAAACAGAAACAGAUAUGCGAAUAUGUGAAGAUUGGAUAAGCAUAGACCCAUGUUAUGGCACCCUUAUAACCGGUCGAAGUUUGAGUAUUCGUGUUAAAAUCCACAUUAAGUCGGAGACUGUCUGGCGGGUUAUUAAGAAGCAGGGAAAUCACAUAGGAAAAAUUCCUUUAGACAUUCUAGUCCUUCACGUUAAGAAUGGUCGUGAUAUAUUCAUAACAGUUAUGGGUGAGUAUAAACCUAGCUGUUUUGGAUUGCCCGUCGAAACUCUUUGUUGUCUAGAUAAGCCAAUAGUUGAUAUGCAGUGGUCGGAACUGACAGAGAUUCAAAUGAAAUCAACAACAGAACCGUUCAAAAUAACAAUGCCCCGCGAAAUAUUCCUUCUUAUUGAUUACCUUUAUCGCGUUGGCAUGCAGGAGAUAAACUUAUUCCAAUUAGAACGUAGCUUCAAAGUUAAUGAUAACAUAAACGAGAUCCGUGACUGGCUUGACAGCUGUGGAGCAGCCGAAGAAUUCCCUGGAACUCCCCACACAGCAGCUGAAGCACUGUUAAUGCUAUUGGAAUCAUCCGGAAAUCCAUUAAUUCAUCCUCUCGACCUGAAUGUACUUAAUCCCGAUUAUCCAUUCGAAUUGUGCUUGCGUGCUAUUCAUAAAUUGUCUACACCUCGCAAAAAUGUUUUUCUGUAUUUGACCAUGUUUCUGCACGAGUUCAUCGAACAAAACCGAAAUGCCAACAUUGAAGUUAUUGCGAAACUAUUCGGAAUGAUCCUCAUCCGUUCAUCACAUGAUAUUCAUGGCCUACAACGUAAAAAUUUCAUUAAAAGAUUCCUGUCACGUGGGAUAUUCAAUUUUGCACGUAAUGAAUUUAAAUAUUCGUAGUACAGUACCAACCACUAAAGAAGAAAAUGUUAUUCCGAAGAUAGCAAAAAAAUGUUCGAUUGUUCGAUUUAUACAAAUCCAAAAUAAAUAGAAAAUACACAAAUAAAAUAGAUGGCGAAUCGUAUUAAGAGGGGACGUACCUGAAAUUCAAUGCAUUAAAUAAUUUAAAAGUUAUUUUGUA